AUGCACGAUGGCUGCAUCGCUAACAAGGUGCAGGCACAACGAUCAAAAUACGUCAGCCGGCCACCCCUUUCGCUACGCGAAUGGGUCGACCUACCCUUUCGGUUACUGGUAUGGGCACCAGUCCAGUUAACCAUCAACCUUGUCCGCGGCGUCCUCACAGCAAUAUGGCGCAGGCUACCACUGAGACCAUACAUCGCCUGCGCCGCGAUCCGCAUGUAUCUAUACACCUUCUCGCCAGCCCAGAUCCAGCUCUUCAGCCCGCCCACCAUGGACACGUAUAAAGCCUGGAUCCGCAAGAAGCGCUCCAAGGCCCGCAGGUCAGGCGACACUGAGCUCAUGGAACAGCUGAAGGAGGACAUCGAGGUCCUGCCGGACGGCAGGCCGCAUAUCCUCUGGAUCGGCGACCGGCGCAAGGCGACCAAGAUCGUCUACUUCUUCCACGGCGGCGGUUACAUCACGCCUGCCAUCCCCGGCCACAUGGAGUGGUGUCUGCAGGCGUACGUCGUGGCCAACAAGCACAUGCGCAACAGCCGCGACAGGGUCGCCGUCGCCGUCCUGCAGUACACCUUGACGCCGCAGGCGCGGUUCCCCACGCAGAUGUGCCAGGCCGCCUCCGGGCUGGCGCAUCUACUGCGCAGUGGGGUCCGCCCGUCGCAGCUUGUUGUCGGCGGCGACUCGGCUGGUGGGAACCUGACUGUUCAGUUGCUCAGUCACCUCCUACACCCGUAUCCGCUGGCCGAGAAGAUCGACUUGGCUGAGCCGCUGGCAGGAGCAUUCUUAGUCAGUCCGCUUGUGAGCCAGAACAUGCUGACCAGGUCGUUUGUCGAUGGGCGGCCUUGUGAUAUGCUGAGCGAGGGCAUCUUUGACAAUCCCAACCGCGAGAUGUUUCAUGAAAAGCCGAGUGGCCUAGCUGGUGUCCUGUUCCCUAACUGGAACCUUGUUGAGACCAAGGAGUUCCGGGAAGGUAGAGGGUGGGCCCUGAUGGCAGAUGUGGAUGAGAAGUGGCUGGAUGGGAUGGCAAAUAUCGUGAGGAAGGUCUAUGUCACAUGUGGAAAGCAUGAAUUAUUGAGAGAUCAAGGGAUCGACAUUGCUGAGCGCAUCCGUGCUAGAAACCCAGAUGUUGAGGUGAAGCUGGAGGUUGCUGAGAAGGAGGCACAUGACUUUAUCCUCCUGGAGGGUCAAAGGCAAGUGGUUGGAGAUGCUACUACGAGGAUGAGGAAUUGGUUUUGUAAGGUCUGGUCUUGA